CCUCUCUCUCUGCCCCUCCCCUGCUCUCACUCUGCCUCUCUCUCUCGAAAAUGAGUACACAUAGAAAGAAACUUGUUUAAGAAAUUAAAUUAAAGUACCAAUAAACUGAGAAGCAGGGAAGCCCCAUUGCUGACCAGCGGGGGGAUCUAGGAAACACUGGGUGCUGGGAUUUGCAUCACACCCUAUGCUGAGAUGGGCUUUGGGAAAGAAGCUCUAUGGGGGGUGCCCACCUUUGGGGGUCUCCUUCCUACUUUGCUUGUCUCUCUCUCUCUUCCUAUUAUGAACUACAUUGCCACUCUUUCCCUACCAACCCUGAUCCCAUUGCUCCAGUGCCAACCAGGUGGGUAGUAUAAGGAUUCAGGGCAAUAAGGGGAAAGGAAAGGAAGGAAAAAGAAACCCCCAUCUUCCCUCCUCUGGCCCUAGUGGUGGUCUUAUUAGCUGUCUCCUUCACCUACAAUCUUUGGGCCAUUCUCCGUCACCUAUUGUAGAUCCCCUAGUCCCCAGAAACUGGACCUAAGUAUUCUUUUGAAAUAAAGAGGAUUCUGACUACAAUCUUCUAUGGAUUCCAGGGUCCUCCUUUGACAUCUGUGUCUGCUAUUGCUUUUACAAACGAAUCCAAGUAUAAAAAUCGACACUGUUGUGUAUAUAUGUUGGGAGAGAUGAGUGGAGAUGAUUACGUUUAUUCUAUUUCUCAUAUUUCAAAAAUCUUUAGAGAGUUUCCAAAAGGAUAAACUGAAUGUCCAUGGGGAUGACCAAACACCCUUGCCUCUCAGUUCCUUGCCUUCCUCAUUACCAAUGACCUUUUGUCUACACUAUCACAAAGCCACCCACUCCCUGCAACUGCUCUAUUUUUAAGAUAAUCAGUCAAUCAUUCUGUCUCCAAGCAGCACCUCCUACCUUUCCAGCCAACUGGUUCCAUCUUUCUUCAAGUUCAUCAGUGCUUCCUCCCUAGGAGUCCCCUUCUAAUCUCUUCCCUCUGUAUGUCCCUCUGAUACCAUGGUUCAUCAUUUGGGGCAGUCUUUCACAAAUAUCUUAACUUCCUUUGCUCCUUCAUCUAUCUGUGAUAUCUCCCUGGCAUAAAAAAAAAAAAAAGCAUUAACUUGAAACAAAGCUUACUCCCCAACUCCCCCAUUCUUCUCCUGAAUAGCCAAAUGCCACUAGAGAAAACCAUACAUCCGUCAGACAGGUCUCUUGGCAAAUUCAAGAUCACCCAUCUCAAGAGGCUCUCAACUCUCCCAGCAUCAAGAAAUACUUGUAGAGUGGGGAAAUAUCCACGGAAGGUGCUCUGGGAAUUCUGAAAUGAAUGGACUGCGUGCAGGUAGAGAAACAAAGAGACAAAGCUAAUAGAUGAGGGCAGAAGGGAACCAAAUGGGAAGAGUAAUUUGGAAGCAAAAGGAAGAGAGGAUUUCAACAAGGCUUGACUGCCGUUCCCUCUUGUGAGUAAAACUCUGAUUUUUAAGACUUAUUGGGUGGCUGUACAAGACAGCCUGUCUAGUUCCACCCUGUUGAUGACAACUCUCUUAUAGACGAAGAAGCAGAUCAUCCUGGAGAUUGUUGGUGUGUGCAACUGUGCUGGAGAAGGCAGGCUUUCGUUUCCUCAUCUGGCACAAAGGAAUCCUUCCUACUUUCCCCAGGAGGGCGUUGGGAGUAAACGGAUUGGUGGGAAGCAAAAGGAUUAUUUCAGUAGUAAUGACUGCAGGAGGUCAAGGCAAGGCUGAGGCUGUUCUCAAUAAGAAUCAUUGUGACUAAAGACAACGGCUAGUGGGAAUUUUUUUUCUUUGUUUGCUUUUAUUUUUUGAUGCUAGACAGCUGGAAUGCCAAGGGCAGUUCUGUGCCAAGCCACAAAAAGACUGAAAGCCCAGGACUUCCCCUCGGACAAUAGCUUCCAUUUUAGCUUCGGGCAAGAGUAAAAUCUGUCCUAAGAUAGUUUAGGAACUUCCUGUUCGUUCACAUUUCAAGCAGCUUGUAUUUAAUUUUCACCUUGCCACUCAGAGCUCAGAGUGAACAGGAGACCCAGGGACAGGGUACUUUGCUGAGAACUGACCAGCGACCGGCUGGCUGCCUAGGAGAACAGACAGCCAUAAUGGAACCCAAACCUCAGAAGAGUCCAGGCAAACAAUUUACAUUUUAUUAUGAAAAUGAAGUCUGCAAACAAGAUUACUUUAUUAAAUCACCACCUCCUCAGCUUUUCUUCUCUGCUUCUUCUUGGAAAAGGGUUUUCAUUCUGUCAAAGAGUGGGGGAAGGAGACUUCACGUCUCCUAUUACAAAGACGAACAUCGCCGAGGUUCCAUUGAAAUUGACCGAAACUCCAGUGUAGAAGUUGGCAUAAGUAGCCAUGAAAAAAUGCAAUCUGUAUGUAAGAUGUUCAAAUGCCACCCUGAUGAGGUGAUGUCCAUCAGAACCACUAACAGGGAAUAUUUCCUCAUUGGCCAUGACAGGGAGAAGAUUAAAGACUGGGUCUCCUUCAUGUCAUCAUUUUGCUGGGGCGCCAAAGCAGCACGCCAGAACACAGAGGAGAAAUUCUCCCUGGGUGGUAAAAGGCCUUCUUCAGACCCCAGUCCUCUCCUUGGUCCUUCCAGCGCGUCAGAGGCUGUCAGCCCCACCCCACCAAGAAAUAGUCUUCCAGACAUGCAUUUAAUGGCAAACAAUUCUCCAGGACUCAGACAAGCUCAUCUGCCACAUGAUUUCUUGUCAGAGACUACUGAAGAGACAGAAGAAGAGAGUCAUUAUAUUAGUCCUCAAAGUAUUCUUUUACAGUUGGAUAGUCUUACUGCUUCCAAUGAUCCUGGUCAACCUGCUGAACCUGAUAGUCCAGAACAGUUCUCGGAGACAAAUGAACAUCAUUACAUGCCAAUGAAAUCCUGUCUUUUCAGAGAGACAUCCCACAAGUCUGCUGAUAGCAAAGAGGGAUCCCAGGCCCUUCCAGAGAUCCAGAACGGGGGGCUUCACUUGCAAGAACAAGGCUCACAAAGUGACUCUUGUCUUCCACCUGCCAAUAUGGAAGCACAGACCAUGAAUGACAAAAAGGGUAACAUCCCUGAUGAAAGCCAAGUGGAGAAACUGAAUGUGUUCCUUUCUCCUUCUGACGUCAUAAAUUAUCUUAGUCUCAUGGAAGCUGCAGGACGGAUAUGUGUGGCUCAGUGGCAAGGCCCCCCGCACCUGGGAUGUUUAUUUUUUCACGGAGAUCACAUCUUGGCUGUGAAUGACCUGAUGCCCCAGGGCCUGGAGGAGGCUUCCUUGUUUCUCAGUCGGUCUGUCCAGAAGGAGAAAAUAAAACUCACCAUCGGCCGGAUCCCAAAUUCAGAGAAAUUCCAUGCUGUCGCCUGUACGUGCCCCUUAAAAUACAAAGGUGUUGUACCUUGUCGACUGGGUGAGUCUAGACUGGAGAAGACCCUGAAGAGGAGUCCAGCCAUUAAAAAGGGUCAACACCAACGAACUGGAGAGUCACAUGCCAGGACCCACUGCUGAGGAGCAAGGGUGGGCCCUAGACUCUCCCUCUCCCUCUCACCGCCGUGUGAGAUAACGCACAUCAGCACACCUCUCUGAUUUUCCGUACCUACCCCUUAACGGUGGGGAAAACUAUCACCUCUCCGGCUAUUCAUCAGGGAUGCUGAGAGGGUCCAGGGGGAUAAUGACUGUGGAACGCAGAGAAAAUGUAAGGCCUUGUUAGCUCAGACGUUGUCCCACACACCACAGAGAUUGUUAAGUCCCUCAUCUGAAAUGCACUGUGUGUUCUCUGAGGUCAUGGUCCACACAAUCCCUUCUUUGUUAGGGAACAUACAGUUGGAAACGCUCAUUCCAGGAAGGCAAGAUUCCCGAGAGACGUGAUACCAUAU